UGCCCGGCUCCUCCUCCGCGCCUGGCCUGGCCUGGCCGCCGCUGCCUCUCCAAACACCGCACAGGUCCCAGGAAGCAGCGCCCGAGGAGGAGGAAGCGCAGGGGCCGGGCGGCUCCCUGGGUGCAGCGGCGCGGCUCCCGCAUGGAGCCCAACGUGCGCUUCUGGAUCACCGAACGUCAAUCUUUUAUUCAGAGAUUUCUUCAGUGGACAGAAUUGUUGGAUCCUACAAAUUUGGUUGUUUCAAUUGAAAAAAUAGAAAAAUCAAGGCAACUAUUGUUAACAAAUGAAGAUGCAUCCAUACGUGACUUGGAGGACCAAAGGGUAAAAGACGCUUGGAAGAGAAGUCUUUCAACUGUGCAUCCUGACAACAGCAAACUGAUUCCCGUUCCUUUUCGACCUGCAGCUCUCCUACCUUUCACGGCGCCCAUGAUAUUUUUCUCGAUGCUGUCAGUAAAGAGUCUGAAGUCCCUGAUUUUACCUCAGAUUUCCUUCUAUACCUACACCACAGCGUUCAACAUUGUCAAUGGAAACGCAAGUUAUAAUCGUCGCCUACAUGAGAGUGUGUUACUAGGGACAGGAGUGAUUGCCUCUUCCUCCUUUUUUGGAUUAUUCCCUCGUUUGCUCCAGAUGCGGCUGAAUCACGUUCUGUUGAAAAAAGCCCUUCCCGUCAUCAUUCUCACCCACAUCAGUGCAAUGAAUGUUGUCGCAGUCCGAAGUCUUGAGCCCAUUCGAGGCAUUGAAGUCAUGGACAAGGAAGGCAAUGUCAUGGGCUAUUCCAGAAAAGCCGGGACAAAGGCCGUUAAAGAUACAGCAACAUCCAGAGUAGUGCUGUUUGGGACCUCAGCUUUCAUCCCUGAAGUCUUCUCGCACUUUUUUGUAAGGACCCAGUUUUUCCGGCAAUAUCCGUGGUCAUUAUGGACCUUCAAGCUGUCUUGUACUGUCUUAGUAAUGGGACUGAUGGUGCCGGUUUCUUUUAGUAUAUUCCCACAAAUUGAACGGAUACAGUGCAGUGAACUUGAAAAGGAAAUUCAGUCUGCAACAGAAGAAACAGAACUCUUCUAUAACAGAGGGGUGUAAGGAUGUGUUUUUGGUGAAUUUGGUUCCCGCUUGAACACCUUCCUCUCUGCUCGAGCUGUCCGAUCGGAGAACUCUGCAGCAGGUCUGGCACCCGAGGUGUCUGCGCCCACAGGUUGCCUUCCAAUGACACAGGCCAUGGCCCUUUCAAGGCUGCUGCCUGGGCUUUCGAGCCUGGAUGGAAGGAGAGAAGAGGAAGGAGAGGCCGUUCUGUCUGACCCACCCCCAUGGGGCUGCAGAAAGAACGGCUGAUAGAAGAGUCCAUUUUCUAUGUGUUCAUCAGCCUCUGAAGGACACUGUGAAACGACUAAUAAACUUACCAAAAGAGGCCCGCAGAUUUGGUGCCAGGAGGUUCUGUUGCUGGCCAGUUGUUUUGGUUUUCACCGUGAAGGAGGCAGGGUCAUUGGCCAGUGAGGAGAGAGGAGGUGGGUGGCUGAGGGCAGAGAUGUUAAGCAGUCCAGAACGGGAGGAAGCUGAGGAGGGAGAUAGGGUGGCUCUGGGGCUCAGAGGCCUUCAGCGCUCACCAGAGGUUCCUGUUACCUUGAGAUGGGCCAUCAAUGGAAUGCCCGGGCCCUGGGCAUGGUGGACCCUUCUUGAUUUUUUCGAACACUCAACUUUUGGUAAGUUUAUUAGUCAUUUCACAGUGUCCUUCAGAGGCCUCCUUGCAAGGCCAGCUGUGCCCUUGGCUCUGGGCCCCUCCGGCCGGAUUCCCUCAGGGCCUGGUUCUGCAGCUGCCGGGCCUCCUCCCUCCUUCGCAGUCACAUUUGAACUACGUGACUCACCAGCCUUAUUAGACAAGCAAACAUCCUUCGAGAGCCAAACUUGGUCAAAGACUGUCUCCCCUCACCGUUUCCACCCCGCCUUCCACUCUGCUAAAACUGCCCUCCUCCGGGCCCCACCGCCACUCUGCUGGGUGUUCAGACCCAGCCCUGGGCUUGCUCCCCUGAGCCACAGGCCCUCGUCCUGCUGCACCGGGUGCUCCGCCAUCCACGAAGCCACUUGAGACCAUCUUUUCCUCCCAAUCUCAGAAAAUGGCACCGCCACGUAACAUCAGCCAAGAGCACUGGUGUCCCCCACCAGUGGGGGACACCUCCUCCCCUCCCGAGGCCUUUCACAGCUGACCCCAAGGUGUCGGGUCUCUAAGCCCCUUUCCCAAGCCUGCCCAGGGCAACAGCAUCCCCUGCUGGUAUUCCUCUCUCAUCUCCUCUGGCUCCUCCAAUCCAUGCCCCAGCCUGCUCUGACAAACACCUGCGUAAAAGCCUUAGCCGGCUUUCCAGUGCAUCAGUUCAAGUCCAGAUUCCCUGCCAGGCAAAAGCCUUAACCUCACUCAUCUCUUGCCACUCCUUUUCCUCACUCUGGACCAAUACCCCGUUCCUCAUAUGGACUAUGGUCUUUCCUUCCUGGACCUUCAUAUCAGCUGUUCCCUGCCAGGCUAACUCUUGCUUAUGCAUCAGGUCUGACUUAGGCAUCACUCCCUCCAGGAAGCCUUCCAGGAUUCACAGUACUGAAUUAGGUGCCCCUUCUGUGUGCUCCCAUAGCACUCAUACUGUGUCUAGCACUCGCCACACCGCAGCAGAAGAGCCUGCUUGUUGUCCCUGCGCCCCCGUAAACUGUGCCUCAAGAGCAGGAAGUGUGUCUGGGCAUCAGGGAAGGCCCAGGAUACAACACCGUGCACGACACGGCAGGCACCCAAAUGUCGGCGUACUGGAGGAUGUUUCCAACAUACCCUGCCCCAAAUCAUCAAGGAAUCUAUCUGUGGCUUUCAGGGUCCCACAGGUUAUCUUCAAAUUUGGUUAAAAGGGUUUCACAACAGCCUACAGGAACAAAAAAUCAGUAAAAAAAAAAUUCUACCAGGGUGCCUGGGUGGCUCAGUCGGUUAAGCGUCUGACUCUUGA